CUGUGCUUAGAUGGAGUGAGCUGGCAGAAUCACAGCAGCAGCAACAGCACCAGCAGCAACAGCAGCACCAGCAGCACGGAAUCAGAUGAAAUGGUUUAGCCCUCGGGGUUACAGGAAGUUGUUGCAGCUGCCAUGUUUAGCUGCUUUGUUGUAGAUUUCUUGUAGGUUUCCUGCAGAUUUUUUUUAAGGGUUGCAAUGGAGCCGAGCUGGAGUUCAUUUUUAUUUCAGGGGAGCAUGCCCCCGGACCCCCUAGAGGGUCUGAGGCCCACCCACUACAGUCUCACAAAAUCCUGUGGGAAACAAUGAAGUUUUAUCAGCAGGCCAAUGAAGCCCUCCACCACCAGCAUCAGAACAGCCUGCUGCCGCUGCUCAACUCUGGGAAUGAGCCACAGGAUCAAAAGCCUGUUCUUCCCAUCCCUCUCGACCAGAAGCCCCCAGUUAGUGACCUCCUCAAGGACAACAUGACCACUGGGGCAGGUGGAAGGGGAGGAGGAGGAGGAGGAGGAGGUGGCGGUGGUGGUGGCGGUGGCGGUCUGGUGGUUGUAAAGAAGGAGCCCAAGUCAAAAACACCCUUCAUAUGCGGCUACUGCAACAAGGCAUUUCGGGACAGCUACCACCUAAGGCGGCAUGAGUCCUGUCACACGGGCAUUAAGAUGGUGUCACGGCCCAAGAAGACAACCACGGCGCCCACCAUGGUGCCUCUCAUUUCCACUGUGCCACGGGACAACAACGGAAUUCCCUCCUACGUGUCCACAGUGGCAAGCAUCCUCACCACGGCCACCACCUCCGCGUCCACGGCCACUGGUGUGAUGUCGGCCCUGCCUCAGCAACAGCCAGCCGUACCCAAGAAGCCUCCCAAACCGGUGAAGAAGAACCACGGCUGUGAGAUGUGUGGUAAAGCCUUCCGCGAUGUCUACCACCUCAAUCGUCACAAGCUCUCACACUCAGACGAGAAGCCCUUCGAGUGCCCCAUCUGUCACCAGCGCUUCAAGAGGAAGGACCGUAUGACCUAUCACGUGCGCUCUCACGACGGCGGUGUGCACAAGCCAUAUAUCUGCUCCGUUUGUGGGAAGGGCUUCUCUCGGCCAGAUCAUCUUAGCUGUCAUGUCAAGCAUGUGCACUCCACAGAACGACCCUUUAAAUGCCAAGUAACGGCCUGCACGUCAGCCUUCGCUACCAAAGACCGUCUGCGCUCACACAUGAUACGGCAUGAGGGCAAGGUCACCUGCAACAUCUGUGGGAAGAUGCUGAGCGCUGCCUACAUCACCAGCCACCUCAAGACCCACGGGCAGGCCAACUUCAACUCUCCCUGUAACAAAGACUCUAACAACGUGUGCAACUCUUCUUCAGCCAUGCCAGUCACUCCUUCUUCUGCGUCUAACACUACGGCCAUGAACCGUGGCAGCACUAGCAACACCGUCACCAUCGCCGCCCAGAUGAACAUCACCACCAACACGGUCAACAUCACCUCCCCUGUUGGCCUGCAGCACCCGGUCACCAUCACUGCUCCCGUCAACAUCGCCUCCGUCAACAUCCCAGCCACGGCGCCAAUGAACAUCGCCCACCCUGUCGCCAUCACCUCUCCCAUGUCAAUGAACAUCACUGGUCCCCUUAACAUCGCCAUGCGUUCGAUGGAUAGCAUGUCUUUCCUCUCGCAGGUACUGCCUUCCUCCCCACCCUGGUAAAAAAAAAAGCCCACUUUUCCUCGUAAACUUCAUGUCUCCUGUUUAGUCCUCUCCAGCUAUGAGGAAAAAGAGCCUGGCGAGUAUAAGGAAUGUCUCAAUGAAGACAGUCAUCAGCAUCUAGGAUUACGGAUAUCAUGUGGAAGUUAGCUGGCACUUUGUGUCUCCUUUGGUCGAUUAAAGGAUAAGCAGAUCCAGAUUGUCUAGAGUUUAGUGAGGACAAAAAUAGUAAUUGCAUGGAGUGGAAGACUGACAUGCUGUAUGUUUGGUGAUUUCACUUUUGUAGUGCUAGAAAAUCCUUGCCAGUCGGCUAUUUGAAGCGGAGCAGAUUGCCCUCUUCAGAUAGCGUACAUUUGUUAGUGUUAACGGUUCAAGGACUUUGGCAAAUAUUAACUGUGAGGAUUUUAUUUUUGUUACAUUUGCUUGCUUAUCAGUAUUUCAUAGUUUUAUGCAUUUUAAUGAGUCAUGUACAACAAAAGGGACAGUGGCUUCCAGUAAUGGAAGAUGAGAGGGGUUUUUUUUUUGUUUUUUGUUUUUUUGUUUGUGUUAAGACAAUACUCUAUGAAAUGAGGAAAACUAAAGUUUAGUAUACGUUUUUAUAAGGCCUCCUUCAGUUGAAAGCCUUUUAAUCUAUAGCUGUGAUUUUAUUUGUAUUAUUAUAAUAAUUAUUAUUCUUUAUAGGUAAUCUUUGGUAUUAAAAGUCGUAGAAAGCAUGCACAUCCAAACAAUAUAAUGAAUACAGGUGCAUGACCAAAAACGUACAUCCACAAAAACUCUAGAAAAGUCAGCACACUGUUGCUUCCAAAAAAUGUAUUGAGCUCACAACAGAAAUUAACAAAUGUGAUGUUUCGAGCUACAUGCUCUUCAUCAGACUCAAAUCUUUGGUAUUGGUCAUUCCUGAUUGUAGAAUAAUUAUGUUCAUGGUUCAAUAGCUGGGAUAUUCUUCUGCUUAGAGGGGUCGGACAUUACAGUAACAAUCUGAUGAAAUCUUGCACUGAACAUCCCUUUGGUGAUAUUCUGACGGCAGUAUUAUUUCAGAUAAAAUAUUUUCAGUGUUGGUUGUUAAACUUAUUCAUAUAGAUGCCUGGUCAUCUAAUGGCCAACUUCAACACACUGAAAGGUCCAUUUUUAUCCUGAAUUUUAUCCUAAGAACAUUUAGUUUUGUAACUGUGACUUCUCUGCUCUUCCUCUCAUAUGGAUGAGGGCUGUUUUCCUAAGGACCUUUUGCUCAGGAACUUUGCUGAGGGUGUCCCACUUACUCUUGUAGUAUAUAGCAUCAUACACACUUCAUAUUCUUGCCUUUUUUGAUGAAAACUGAGAUGCACCUCAGAGGCCAGGGUGCCAAGAACUUUAUAGGUGUUGACAUGGUCAUCCAUCACAGGAGUAAAAAGUUAACAACCUUCGUUGUGUGUUCGUUUACCCCAGUCACAGUAUAAACCAAAACUGCCUUCGAAUUUUCAGGUUUCUCAUCGUUUACUGUAGCCCUGCUCCAAAUAAUUGUUUGACGAUAAUUCAAAAAGAGUCAAAAUACUUGGACAUUGAUGUUCGUUUUGGUUUAAGCAUGUCAAACUUGUACACCAUGUCCUAACCAUCCGCGACCACGUCAAAUCACGAGCGACAGGACAUUUUAUCGAUCACUUGGUUUUUAUUUCAGUGGUGUCUCACUGGUUAGCCCCUCCCACUGUGAAAUGUCAUUGGCCAAAAACUGUACAUCAAACAUCUUCUUAUAGGCUGUGAUUGUCACAUCAUGCAGCAGUUUCACAUUCAGUGUGGACAUGCAAAUUGCUUGUGAAACUUGUAUCACGCCUGGCAAGGACAUGAUGAUAAGGCCAUAAGAAAUAUUUUCAAAGCAGCUUUUCUCUUUGCUUUCCUCUCCCUUUUAGAUAUUAAAGCAAUAUGCCUUUCUUAGUCCUCUUGUUCACCCAGCCAGACAACUGUAUUGCCCAUCUUUGUGUUAUUGUAUGGGGAAACUAUUGCAAGGUAUGUUGUCAUGUGUUGCCCUCUCAUCUAGGGUUGUGUGAACUUGUGUGAUAUGAAUGACUUUCAAACCCAGAGUAAUACCAGAUGAAUGUGAUCACGCUUUAAAUAAUGAUUUCAUAGCUACCACUGUCUGGGAAUUAAUUGCCAAAAGAGAGUUUAGUUUGUAUUAACUGACACCCCCCA